AUGUCGACCAACACUCAGGCUCACGACCCCACCGCUCAGGGCGCCGCCCACAAGGGCUCCGAUCUCACUCCCCAGCAAAAGAUCGACACCCUCCUCGAGAUCACCAAGCACAUCGGCACUGGUAUGCUCACCUCUCGCUCUCCCGAUGGCAAGCUUGCCUCUCGAGCCAUGGCUCCUGCAACCACCGAAGGUCUCGUCUUCUCCUUCUACAUGAACACCGAUUCUGGCAAGACGGACGAUAUUGAAUCUGACCCUCAAGUCAACGUCGCUUACUUUGACCCCAAGACCACCGACUGGAUCUCCAUCUCCGGUAGGGCGGUUAUCAACCGUGACCCUACCAAGAUCAAGAAGCACUGGAGCAGCAGCUUGAAUGCAUGGUUCGAUGACAAGAAGGAUGGAAAGCACACUGGUGACCACAACGAUCCUCGUGUUGUGCUGCUCGAUGUCCAGCCUGAGGAGAUCAGGAUCUACAAGGCUGACGGUAAGCUUGCACAGUUGGGUCAGAUGGCAAAGGCUGCAGUCAGCGGUCAUACUGCUAGCCCUGGUAAGCUCCUCAUCUUGACCGGCCAGGAGAUUCAGCUUGCUAGCGGUGUCUACAAGCCUCAACACUAA